ACGCUCAUCGUGGCUUGGAUCCGAGCAAACCUCUGUGUGUACAUUUCUCGAGAGCUCUGGGAUGACUUUCUUGGUGUGCUGUCUUCCCUCACGGAGUGGGAGGAGCUCAUAAAUGAGUGGGCCAACAUCAUGGACUCCCUGACAGCUGUGCUUGCGAGGACUGUGUAUGGAGUUGAGAUGACAAACCUACCUCUGGAUAAACUGAGUGAACAGAAGGAAAAGAAGCAACGAGGCAAAGGCUGUGUUCUGGAUUCCCAGAAAGGAACCACCGUGGGGCGGUCCUUCUCUCUCAGCUGGCGGAGUCACCCAGAUGUGACUGAGCCAAUGCGGUUUAGGAGUGCCACCACCUCAGGGGCUCCAGGAGUCGAGAAGGCAAGGAAUAUUGUUCGCCAGAAAGCAACCGCUAAGCGAAGCCAGUCUAUCAGCAACUGUGUCCACCUCCCCGAGGCUUUGCCUGCCACUAAAAGCGUCCCGCUCCUCCUCCACACCGUGAGCGCUCUCUUACCUGGUCUCUCUUACUCCUCUUGCUCUCUCAGGCUGUCAGAAGCAGAGGAGUAUCCACAGGCAGAGAGUGUGGCUGGAGCGGGGCUGGGCCACCUGGCGGUGGGACAGCAGCAGCAAGUCUUUCGGAGCAGCAGCUCAUCCGACCUCACUGAGCCACUGUGCUCAGAAGCUCCUCAGGGUCAAAAGGUAGAAAAUGCACAGAAUUUGAGUUCUUCAGAGCCCAAGCCUACUCAAGAGAAUAAAGGACAAGUGAAGAUAGAACAUGAAGGAAUAACAAUUUUAGUACGAAGAAGCAGCAGCCCAGCUGAAUUGGAUUUAAAAGAUGAUUUGCAGCAGACACAAGGAAAGUGUAGGGAAAGACAAAAAAGCGAAAGUGCCAGCAGUGACUCAGCCCUGGGCUACUCCCAUGAGGCAGAGCUCGCCAUGACUGCAUGGCAGCCAGGCGAGGAGGACCCGGAGCUAAGCACGCCCACAGACGUUGUGGCUGACUCGGAUGCCCGCCACUGGUUGCAGCUGAGUCCCACUGAUGCUUCCAACUUGACAGAUAGCAGCGAAUGCCUUGCAGAUGACUGUAGCAUCAUUGCUGGAGGGAGCCUCACAGGUUGGCACCCAGACUCCGCUGCUGUGCUGUGGCGAAGAGUCCUGGGCAUUCUUGGAGAUGUGAACAACAUCCAAUCACCCAAGAUUCAUGCCAAAGUGUUUGGCUACCUCUAUGAACUCUGGUACAAGCUAGCAAAGAUACGGGAUAAUCUUGCAAUAAGCCUGGAUAACCAGUCUUCUCCAUCUCCUCCGGUCUUGAUCCCACCACUCAGAAUGUUUGCAUCAUGGCUAUUUAAGGCGACGACUCUGCCAAAUGAGUACAAGGAAGGCAAACUGCAAGCCUACCGGCUGAUCUGUGCCAUGAUGACCAGACGCCAGGAUGUGCUGCCAAACUCAGAUUUCCUGGUUCACUUUUACCUGGUGAUGCACCUGGGAUUAACCAGCGAGGAUCAGGAUAUCUUAAAUACCAUUAUAAGGCACUGUCCACCUCGCUUUUUCUCCCUGGGUUUUCCUGGCUUCUCAAUGCUGGUGGGGGACUUCAUCACAGCCGCUGCCAGGGUCCUCAGUACAGACAUGUUGACGGCCCCGCGCUCAGAAGCCCUCACCCUCCUUGGCUCUCUUGUCUGCUUUCCAAAUACCUACCAGGAACUCCCUGUCCUCCGCUCAGUGCCGGGGCUGAAUGAGGUCAUUAUGGGAGCCGAAGAUGUCAAGCAUUACCUCAUAAAUAUUUUACUGAAGAAUGCCACAGAGGAACCAAAUGAAUGUGCAAGGUAA